AAGAUGGCAGACAUGCCGCUUGAGCAGUGAUAGUAUGGAAUCGUAGGAGUUGAAGUUUUAGGUGUGUCUUUCUAAUAAUCGAACUAGAAUGCCUCCCGAUUUUAUAAUUAAAGUGUUGUUCGAAUAUUCUGACAAUGUGAAACACCGUGCUCGUGUUUUGUACGCUAGAUUUAGGUAACGUUUGUGCCGGAACAUAUGUAUUAAAACGGUGGUCGAAAAUUGUGUUCAGUGUGUCGUGUACGAUAAAUAUUCUGUUUUGAUGGUAAAUUAAAAUGUGGAAUAUGAUGUGCGACGUGAUGCCCACGAUAUCGGAGGACAGUAUCAGUCAGAGGAGUUCGCAGUUAUCUGGCGAAGAUGCGAACUUCGAGCAGCUUAUGGUCUCGAUGUUGGAUGAGAGAGACAAAUUGGUGGAGAGUCUACGAGAGACACAGGAGCGUCUCGGAGAUUCGGAACUACGACUUAAGGAAGUGGAGAAGGAACGGGAUUCCUUGCACAGGCAGAUCGCUGCUAACUUGCCUCAGGAGUUCGCGACACUCACGAAAGAGUUGAACCAGGCGCGCGAACAGUUGUUGGAGCGAGAGGAGGAAAUAUCAGAACUCAAGGCGGAGAGGAACAACACCAGGUUACUUCUAGAGCAUCUAGAAUGCCUGGUGUCGCGACACGAGCGCUCGCUACGCAUGACAGUGGUGAAGAGGCAAGCGGCGGCGCAGUCGGGAGUCUCCUCGGAGGUCGAGGUCCUCAAGGCGUUGAAGAGCCUCUUCGAGCAUCACAAAGCACUCGACGAGAAGGUUCGAGAGCGGUUAAGAGUAGCGUUAGAGAGGAACACAGCAUUAGAAGAAGAAUUAGCGCUAACCAAAGAAGAAUUACAGCAGUACAAAUCGUCCGGUCCGGAGGGGGACAAGCCUAAGGAGAACGGCACGGUGACCACCUCGCCUGAACAGAACGGCGAGCCACAGCCACCCAAGGAGAAUAGUGUAAACGGCGACACGGAGAGCAAGAGAAUCACAGAGCUCCAUAACACGAUCGCCAAACAGUCAGCAGAACUGAGCUCGUGGCAGCGAAGGGUCGCCGAGCUGAACAACAAGGUGUCGGAGUUGGAGGAAAGGCUGAGCAAGGGAGAGAAGGAGCUGGCGAAGAAGCAGGACGAGUGCUCGAAACUGCAGCGGGACUUGAGGGAGAACGUCGCGCAGAAAGAGGACCAGGAGGAGCGGAUAGCGACGCUGGAGAAGCGCUACCUGAACGCGCAGCGCGAGUCCACGUCCCUGCACGACCUCAACGAGAAGCUGGAGCAGGAGCUGCAGCACAAGCAGGCGCAGCUCAAGCUCCAAGAGGAGAAGAUCGCCGCCAUUGAGGAGAAACUAGAGUUGUCAACGCAGAAGCUGGCGCAGAUGUCGUCUCUACCAGAAAUGGAAGAGCAACUCAAGGCCAGGAUGGAGGCGCUGAACCAGGCGCAGGAGCGGCACGGCUCAGCCGAGGACCGCAUCCAGCGGCUGGAGGCGAGCGUGGACGACAAGAACGCGGAGCUCAUGAGGCUCAACCAGAGGCUGAGGAUGAACGAGGACCACAACACCAGGCUGUCCGCCACCGUCGACAAGCUUCUGUCCGAGAGCAAUGACAGGUUACAAGUCCACCUAAAAGAACGGAUGCACGCGUUGGACGAGAAAAACGCGCUGACGCAGGAGUUGGAGAAGACGAGGAAGUACGCAGACGAGCUCAUGGCGGAGAAGCAGGACAUACUCAAGGAGCUGGCGAAGUGGCGGAUGGAGACCGAACAGUUAAAGCGCCAAAUGCUCGAGCAGGAGAUCGCGUUCAACAUCCAACAGACGGACGCCCUCACCCGCUCCCUGUCCCCCGCCGCACACCAGCCAACCAACGUUGGACUCUUCCAGCCCAAGUUGGACGGGUCGUGGGAGAAGCUUCAGCAAGCGCACGCGCUUGCCAAUGUUCAACAGCCGUUCGACGUCUCCAGCGACGCGGAGGGCGAAGAGUCAGAAGGCGGCGUGGAAGGCGGGCACACGGACGCGGCGGCGCUGGCGCUGAUGCUGCAGGAGCAGCUGGACGCCAUCAACACGGAGAUCAGGCUCAUACAGGAGGAGAAGCAGAGCACCGAGGCCAGGGCGGAGGAGUUGGAGUCCAGGGUGGGCAGCUACGAGCACAUGAACGUGGUGUCGCGGCGGCUGUCUCCGCCGCCCGCGGCGCACGCGCUGCUGCACCACGCGCUGCCGCUCCACCACAACCACAAGUACCACACGGCGCCUGCGUCGAUGUCCCCCGCGCACCACUACCGCGCCCCACCCGCCGCCGACAGCCUCCCCAGCAGUCAGUUGCAGCUAUGCGAAGAGGGCGUGUCAGGGGUGGGCGGGGAGGGGGCGGAGUCCCCGCUCACGGCGCGAUCGCUGCGGCUGGAGAGAGCGGCGCGGGUGCUACACGCAGAAAGAGAUAGACUGAGAACGCAUUACCAGCCUCAGUUGGACGAGACUUCAAUGAUGUCGGGAAGCCUCGCCCGGUUUCCAAUACACAGCAGCAGUUCGUCGCAGGAAUCCCUCGGCGCGCUGGGUUCCCUGGGCGCCGGGUUCGGCGGAGCUUCGCCCGGACUGCCGCGAGGGGUCGCCUCUGCCGCGUCAGCCGUUUCGAUAGCCUCAAUGCACCAGCAAAAGAAGAGAGGAAUCAAGAGCUCGUUGGGAAGAUUCUUUAGUAAAAAAGAGAAAGUUGGUAUGCCACUCCAAGCGGGUGGUUCCCGCUCACUGUCGUCCGCGUCGAGCCUGGGGCUGUCCUCCCUUGCCGACGACACGACGCCGACGGACGCGACGUCCGCGACGCCUCACGCGCCGCUCCCGCCCCUGCAGGACUACGCUCGUACCAAGACCAAAGACCGGGACUACCGGCACGAGUUGCUGGGCGAGGCCAUGCGCGCGGGCACGCCGUUCGCGCUGUGGAACGGGCCCACCGUGGUGGCCUGGCUGGAGCUGUGGGUGGGCAUGCCCGCCUGGUAUGUGGCCGCUUGUCGCGCCAACGUCAAGUCCGGCGCCAUCAUGUCCGCGCUCUCCGACCAGGAGAUACAGAGGGAGAUCGGCAUCAGUAACCCGCUGCACCGGCUGAAGCUGCGGCUGGCGAUCCAGGAGAUGGUGUCGCUGACGUCGCCGUCCGCGCCGCGCGGCACCGCCUGCGCCGCGCUCGCCUUCGGGGACAUGAACCACGAGUGGAUCGGCAACGUGUGGCUGCCUUCUCUGGGUCUACCGCAAUAUAGGACGACGUUCAUGGAGUGCCUCGUGGACGCGCGGAUGCUGGAGCACCUCACCAAGAGGGACCUGCGGACGCAGCUCAAGAUGGUCGACAGUUUCCACAGAACGUCGCUGCACUUCGGCGUGGCGUGCCUCAAGCGCGUGGGGUACAGCGUGCGCGUGCUGGAGGAGAGACGCCGCGCGGCGGAGCUAGGCUGCCGCGACGUGCUGGUGUGGAGCAACGAGCGUCUGCAGCGGUGGCUCGUCGGCAUCAACCUCAAGGAAUACGCGAAUAACUUAGUGGAGAGCGGUGUGCACGGCGCUCUGAUCGCGCUGGACGACAACUUCGACGCGAACAGCAUGGCGCUGGCGCUGCAGAUACCCACGCAGAACACACAGGCGCGUCAAAUCCUCGAAGUGGAGUUCAGCAACCUGGUGUCGGUGGGAACCGAGCGCCUGGCGCGUGCGCCGCACCUCGACCACUCCGCCUCCUGACACUCCACGCUCAACUAGGACGGUGCUACCGCACGUACUACCGCCCGUACUACCGCCGGGGUGCAGUAGGACAGUUUUGGACACGUUUCGUUGGUAAUGUUUGUUAUAAUUUUGUUUUUACAGUGAUCGUAUUCGCCAUUUCCUGCAUGCAUGAAGAAUCUUAUGCGUAAAAGUCUCGUUAAUAUAAAGGAAUUGUGUUCAUUCGUAUUGAGUCAUGAGUUCACAUUGAUAUAUUAGUAGUAGGUACGCGGGUAAAUGUCCUGUUUAGCUGUGUUUAAAGUCUUGCAGGUGUGUGCAAGUGAAAAUCGAAAAAUAACGAUGUUAAGAUAUCGAUUAUGAAGUUUUUGAUCAAAUAAAGAUUAAUGGAUUUAAUAUUAACAAAGUUAAUUUGUUGUAAGGAAUUACUGCUGCAAUUAUUUGUGACUAUGCCAUACAAAACUUGUCCAAAGCAUGUUCUAAAGGUGAUGAGUUCCAAUAUUGCCAUUUAUUGAUUGCGGAAUCUCUCGAGAUUUUUACCGAUUAUCAAAAGGCAAUGCACACCAGAAGUGUGACAUUUUUUACAGAUUUCCCGUCAAGUUUUCUCUCUUUAAACAUGGCAACUCAAGUUAUUAUGAAAUAGCUAGUACAAAUUCCCAAUCCUCCCAGAACUCGUUUUAAUUUUUUCAAAGUGUUGCCAUGUUUGGAGAAAUUGAAAAAAAAAAGUGUUGUUGAUACAAUAAAGUUUCCACUGUGUAUAUGAACUAUGUUUAACGAGUUGUAGCUAAAGUUGCUUGAUAUAAUAAUUAUAUGAAAUACAAAGUGCUCUGAUAAUGGUAGGUUUACUAUGUACUUAAAGUGUACUCCGUAUUUAUUGUCAUAAUAGUUAUACAGUGCGGGUGGUGCCAGUUGGAAAAAUCAAUUAUUUUUUAAUGGAUUUGAAUAUAGAAACCAGUAUUAUAUCAGUGACAAUUUUCUAUGAAUUCAUUUCUGUUAUGUACUACGUUAUUUUUACAAUGUGUUGUAUGAUUUGAAGGUCAAUUGAUAAUUGUACAUUAUUGAAAAGAACAGUGUUAUAGCGCUAACACACUUCACAAGAGAGGGAGAAGAGAUGUGAGAGUUCAUCUAAUGAUGUGACAUACAUAUUUUUAUGUGUGUGUUUUAAAUACAAAAUAAUUUUGUAUCUACUUUUUCUUUUUUUUUACUGUUAUUUUUUUCCAUAAGGCACGACCGCAUUCGACAUCGUCAUACUCUGAUGCCAAAUAUUAGUUAAAGUUAACUAAUAUGUGUAGGGCAAUAUUCCGCUGCUAGGAAUAACUUUAUUACAGAGUUUAACAAGUUUCAGUGUCUUUCAUUAAACAUAUAGAAAAUACUUUCAAAAUCACUUAAUUAAUACUUUCUGUCUCUUUCACUCUAAAGUUAUGUUUUCAAUUACGAUUCGUAUUCGUGUUUUUGCAACAUUACUAAUCUUUUCCAAAACAGUUAUAACAAUAUGUAUUUUCCCAAGUGCAGUACAAAAAAAAGUUAUUUUUAGCAGUAACAAAUCAUAGUUGUAAUAUGGUGUGACGCAGCGAAUCGAUAGUUUAAAGUGAAUAUUCAAAAGCUGAAGCAGAGACGGUCGUCUAAUGCUAUCUCUGUCAAGGAAGAGACAGCAUGAGACUAAAGAAAGUAUUUGCUUUAACUUGUGGAAAUUCUAGAAGAAAUGUCUUGAAAUGUGAUUCGAAUUUCAAGAAUGCCUAAGUGUUUGUAUGUUGUUAGACGGAGAUAUGUCUAUCUCACUGUAUCAAGUGCCUCGUCGAGGUAUGUAUAUAUAUAUAGCUAUAUGUAGACUGCUCCGUGCAGGUUUCGCGCUACGGCAUACCUCUAUAUGUGGUCGUGUAACCAGUCACAUGAACGCUUUAAUAAGUUACGGGACACUGAGGAUAGUCGCUUUCGGCGGUUGUUUCGUUCGUACUUUGCAAGAUUUUGAAAGACUUUUUGGUUCAUUGUUUUGCAAUGGAAGAUGUUUAAUAUUGUACCUAAGAGUUUUUUUUGCUAAACUACUGUAUUUUAAAGUAAAACAUUAUUUUAUACCUCCUCAAGAUCCAAACUAUACUCGUUAAUCUUUCUGUCAGACUUUAUGAAUAUUAUAGCCAAGGUCUAGCCAUCGCCGGCUACCUGUCUAUAUCAUUUACAAUAAGGCUAUUAUUUCGAUGUAUGGAUUUCUGAAAUCUUUGCAAUGUGCGAGGGGGAUAGCUACCAGAUUCGACACUGUUACAUAGCGGCAAUAUGCUUAAUUGCUUCUAAUCUGUAUGUGAUGGACAUACGAGGGCACACACUAGUCUUAUGUACAGUGUUAAAGUUGUUUUGUAAUCUUCUAUUUUAUUAACUACAUUGUAAUAGCUAAUAGCCGACAUCAACUGAAAUUUAGCUAGGUAUAUUUUUGUUAAAAGCGUAUACAUAUACAAUUGUUUGGGUUAGUACAGCGCUAGUUCCGUUAGCGCCCGCAACAUGGCGGGUCGGAGUGGCGCUGCAGUAGCUCAAUUCGAUUUCGACGCCAUCGCUCGGUAAAUGAAUUUAUUACGAACAAAGAUUUAUAAGUUUAUUUUAUUUCAGCGUUUUUCUACGCUGUUGUACUUAGUAAUAAUUUGUGACAAUCUUUAUUAUAGUAAAUAAUUAUUUUUAACUAAUUAAAUAGAUAUAUUUAUGCCGCGACAAACUUACAGCAAUAAUGAAGUUACAUUUCCCGAGCGAAACGCCGCGAAUUAUAGCUAAAGAGAUAAAAUUUAAAAUUGUAUAGCUAACCUAUUUAAUUUGGUGGAAUCUAUCAGUAGCGAAUAUCUACAUUGUAAAUAUGAUUUGUAUACUAGCGUUUUUAUCAUGUAGUAAUUGAUUGUAGCAAUAUUUAGCUAGGAUGUGUUCAGACGACUAGAUUUUUUAUUAUUUUUAAUGCUUUAUUUAUUAACUAGGACCUAAGUUAUAUACUAGUGAAGCUAUAUCAUUUUUUAUUGGUUAUGGAGAAUAUUACCUCAUAAUCGUGUAUACUUUACUGUUGUCGUGUAUUAUCACAUGUGUUUUUUACUUUGGAAAAAGAAUGAGCUGCUUAUGUUUAAAUAGGGUUUCCCAAAUAAGUAAUUAUGUAUAGUAUAUUUGCGUAACAGUAUUAAUAAAAAUUAGGCGAUUAAACGUGUGGCCACCGGUGUGAUUGUAAUUUAUAUAACAUAUUCUGUACGUGGACUUAUUUAUUUCUGGAAAGAUAUACAAGAAAAUGCACUUUCUGGCUUUGUAAUUAAUUAAUACAAAAUUGAUGAUAUGUUUUUCAAAUUAAUAUUAACCUCGUAUUUCGAAGUGAAUAAGUCCAUGGAUAGAGUUUAAAGUAGCCGACCGAUUUUGUAUUCGAUAAAUCGAUUCGAUGUAAUAUUGAGCGUUGUGGCUAUUUGGGUCGCGUGAGAUAGCCAGGGAGGUAACGUGAGACUUGGGUAACUUACUGGCGGCGAAUGUAGGCCGGGAGAUAGGCGUGGAUUGGUGACGGGAUUAGGAUAAAUUUAUCUAUAUUAAUUACAAUAAAUGACAAAUGUUUUUAUACAUAAUUCACGUCAUAAUUUUUUUUUGAAGUGGAUAAAAUUUGUUUGCGUUGCUAGUCAAGUUUCGUUUUCGACAUGAUUUGGCAUUUUGUGUAGUUAAGUUUGAAUUUUAAUAUGAAUUUUACAUAUGCUUAGUUUAAGACUUUAAAUCGCGUAGAAUAAAAUAAGCGUUCCAUACCUGUGUCGUAUUAUUCAAUAACAUAAAAUGCAUGUGGAAUGUGAACUAAAACGCACAACAAAGCCAUUCAUAAACUAAUUAAUUGAUCCCGAUACCGCCAUCAGUCUCCGCGAACCCAGAGCAAUAGAUUUUGUAUCGCCGGCUAGCCUUGCGCCUCACGUAUAUAUCAUUCAUACACAUCACGUCGUUUCAUUAUACUAAAUUAUAUAUAGCGUCUAUAUAAAUUUUAUAAAUGCAAUUAUGUAUUUACGGGACGGUUAUUUCUGUCGCCAUAUGAAGAAAAUACACAUCCGACAUUUUUUUUGCCAAUAUUAAAAACACAUUCAUAAUUAUAUGCAGUUUCGUACGUAACGAAUAGAUAGUUCUUGAGCUCAUAACAUUCAAAAUCUGCUAUUAAAACAAUAUAGAAAAUUAUUAUUAUUAAUAAUCUCCUCGACUAUCCCAAACGCCCUGUACUUUUGAUUAAUCUAUUGAAGGGGCUCGGUUCUGGCAAAGAAGAAUAUAGAAAAUGUAUGAUGCGUAUUUCCUUCUGUCGUCAGUAUAUACGGGUCGGUUAUCUAGCUCGUGAGUAGCGUGCGUUGGACCGCCGCACGUCAGCAACCACAACCUCCACAAGUGCCAAUUAUCGACUGUUGCAAAUAUGGCGGCGCAGUAUGGGGAAAUAUAACGUAUGUACGUUGAUGUACGAAAUACCAUAAAAAAGACUUUCACAAAAGGGACAAAGGAAACCACAAAACCCUCCUGAAAACAAAAAAUGUCCUUAUAACCAUACUUCUUCGUCAAGGUGAUUAUUCUACUUAGCCAUGCCGAAUUAUUGGCGAUAUCGAUAGUUGCUUAUCGAGUGGCAUCACUAAGUCUGAUUGCAACAGUCUAUUGAAAUAAAAGUACAUAAUGAAUGGCCAAGAAGAAGUUUCCCUCGCCUGCGCCGGCCGUGUCUGGGACGCGAACAAUAAAUAACUAGAAUAAUUUUAUAUCGCAACAUUCCACACGACGUCACGCGGUCGUCCGAGUGGCUCGCGCUACCAAAGAGUAAAGUUACCUUCACGUUAAGAAAUUAAUGUAAAAUAGAUCGUUAGUGAAAUUUCGAAUGUAUAUAAUUUUGCAUAAAUGUGUUGCAUAGCUUCUUUAGGGAGUAUAUAACGAUUUGUACUAUCCCAGUCUGUCAGAUUAUCGGUUAUAGCUCAACAUUCCGGCUUCAGUCAGCCAGCUUCCACGCGAGGCAACAGAUAAAUUGUUAACCUAGACGAAGUUAUUUUGACCAAUGUAAUCUGAAAUACUGUGUAACCCUUGUAAAAAUAUUUAUCAAACGUGCGAUGACGACAUACGUUAUGCAUAAUGAUAAGAAGUAAAUACAAUUUACACGAUAUA